AUGGCUGAUAUGAUGGAUGUCGAUGCUGUGGCUGGCAGCAAACGCAAAGCGGAUAUGGACAAUGACGAGCCCGCACCGCCACGUCGGAUUCGCGCCCUGGAUAUUGAUGUAGUGAACAAAAUCGCCGCUGGUGAAAUCAUUGUUGCCCCAGUCCACGCGCUCAAGGAGCUCCUGGAGAACUCCAUAGACGCGGGCAGCACCGCAUUGGAGGUCCUUGUCAAGGAUGGUGGACUGAAACUUUUACAGAUUACAGACAACGGAUCUGGGAUUCAGAAAGACGAUCUUGCCAUUCUAUGCGAGCGCCACACUACGUCAAAGAUUGUCGCCUUUGAGGAUCUCACGGCCAUUUCCACCUACGGCUUUCGUGGCGAAGCCCUUGCAAGUAUCAGUCAUAUCGCACAUUUGACAGUCACUACCAAAACAAAAGAUUCGGCUCUAGCCUGGCGGGCACAUUAUCUGGAUGGCAAACUUGCGCCUAGCAAGCCAGGGCAACCAGCAGAACCCAAAGGCGUCGCCGGUCGUCCCGGGACCCAAAUUGCCGUCGAAGAUUUGUUCUUCAGUCUACCGACGAGACGCAGAGCCUUUCGGUCGUAUGCGGAUGAAUUCAACAAAAUCAUAGACAUGGUCGGGCGAUAUGCCAUCCACUCCGCCGGGGUCGGAUUCACAUGCAAGAAGGCUGGCGAAUCGUCAGCAAGUCUAUCGAUCCCAGCAGCCGCAUCUGCGGUUGAUAGAGUGCGUCAGAUAUACGGCGGAGGCGUUGCAAACGAGCUAGUUGACGUCCUUGCUUCGGAUGCGCGCUGGGGUUACAAGGCGAGCGCACUGGUGACUAAUGCCAAUUACCAUAUCAAGAAGACAACUCUAGUGCUUUUCAUCAACCACCGCUCCGUCGAGUCGACCAAUAUAAAAAAGGCGAUUGAGCAGGUAUACUCGGCUUUUUUGCCAAAGGGCGGGCACCCCUUUGUAUACCUGAGCCUUGAUAUUGAACCGGCAAGAGUCGACGUGAAUGUGCAUCCCACCAAGAAAGAAGUGCAUUUCCUCAACGAGGAUGAGAUUAUCCAGGAUAUAUGCAACGAGAUUACAGACGCUCUCAGGGCCGUUGAUACAAGCCGCACAUUUAAGACCCAAACGCUCAUUCCGGGUGCACGGCCUGCUGACCAUCCCGCGAAAGACGGCGAGGGACCAGUCGAGACAGUACUGGCCAGCGGCAAACGCGUGCGACGAAACUCCAACGACUUGGUGCGCACCGACACAUUCGAGCGCAAAAUCACCAGCAUGUUUGCGCGCACAGAAUCCGGCGACGCGGGCAGCAGCGGCGGCGGCCGGGCAGAGGAGCCCCUGGCGGUCCCCGAACCCGUCGAGUACGAAACCGUCGACCGCCAGUUCUCGGCGUGCGCGCUGAGCAGCAUCCGACAGCUGCGAGCCGAGGUGCGAGACGGCGCCCACCACGAGCUGACGGACAUGUUCAGCACGCACACCUUUGUCGGCAUCGUCGACGAGCAGCGGCGCCUGGCGGCCGUCCAGGGCGGCGUCAAGCUGUUCCUCGUCGACUACGGCCACACGUGCUUCGAGUACCUCUACCAGCUCGGCCUGACCGACUUUGGCAACAUGGGCGCGCUCCGCUUCAGCCCGCCGCUCGACCUGGAGGAGCUGCUGACGCUCGCGGCCACCGAGGAAAAGGCGCUGCUCGGCGCCGCCGACGACGAGUUCGACACGGCCGCCGUCGUCGCGCGCGUCCGGGACACGCUCAUCGACAAGCGCCAGAUGCUGCAGGAGUACUUUUCGCUCGAGAUCUCGCCGGCCGCCGAGCUCGUCGCGCUUCCCCUCCUUGUCAAGGGCUACACGCCCCCGCUCGGCAAACUCCCGCGCUUCCUGCUGCGCCUCGGCCCGCACGUCGACUGGACGAGCGAGCGCGCAUGCUUUGAGUCGUUUCUGCGCGAGCUGGCCACGUUUUACGUGCCCGAACAGCUCCCGCCGGCGCCCAUGCCAACCGGCGGGGACGGGGACGGGGAGGACGAAGGCAGGGAGGAGCUGCACCCGGAGCUGCGCAAGAGGAGGCAGCACGUGCGGUGGGCCGUGGAGCACCUAUUUUUCCCGGCCUUCAAGUCGAGGCUCGUAGCGACGCGCUCUCUGAUGGACGGCGGCGUGCUCGAGGUGGCGAGCCUGAAGGGCCUGUAUCGAGUCUUUGAGCGUUGCUGA